UUCUUUCCAUUUUCCAUUUCCUCUCCGUUCUUCAGUUCCCCCGCUCUCUCUCUCUCUCUCUCUCUCUCUCGCCAUACAUUUUCCUCUCCAUUAAUGGCCCGAAAUUAAAAACUCAAAAAACCCCCUUUGCUCUUCCGCCUUUACGCGACCCCUUUUUAAUGUCGAUAACUCCCACACUGUCUCUGUCUCUUCGAAAGUUCUCAUCUUUCUCUCUGGGUGUGUUUUCGUUUUCGGGGCUCUGGUGAUCUCGAUUGACGUAUCGCUCAGAGCUUUCUUGAUCUUGAUUGGUGAUUCUUGAAAGCUAUAGAUAGGUUGACAGACAGCGCCUGGCGGAGGGGGGGCGGAGUUGCGGUUUCUCUUGGUUCUUGAAUCGUUUGCAGGUGUCGGGAGGGGGAGGAAGAAAUGGCUUCGAACAUAGGAAUGAUGGACAGUGCUUACUUUGUGGGGAGGAAUGAAAUAUUGACAUGGAUCAAUAACAGGCUUCAGCUCAACCUCUCUCGGAUUGAAGAGGCUGCAUCAGGUGCCGUGCAAUGUCAAAUGAUAGACAUGACCUAUCCUGGAGUUGUUCCUAUGCACAAGGUAAACUUCGAUGCAAAGACAGAAUACGACAUGAUCCAGAACUACAAAGUCCUACAGGAUGUGUUCAACAAGUUGAAAAUCGAAAAGCACCUUGAAGUCAACAGACUAGUUAAAGGCCGACCGCUUGACAAUUUGGAGUUCUUACAGUGGCUGAAGCGAUACUGUGAUUCUGUGAAUGGUGGCAUUAUGAACGAAAAUUACAACCCUGUGGAGCGAAGAAGUAAGGGUGGAAGAGAACGGCAUUCAAAGGGCUCUCAAAAGAGCUCGAAAUCACUACAAGCAAAUAAUGGAUCGGCUGACGCAGCGGUAGGAACUAAGCAAGCAACGAUGGGAGGAGCAGUUGGAGUGAACUAUUCAGGGGAAAUCCAGGCACUCUCAAAGGAGGUUGCUGAUCUCAAGCUCAAUGUCGACCUUCUGGAGAAGGAAAGGGACUUCUACUUUGCUAAACUGAGGGAUAUCGAAAUCCUCUGUCAGACUCCUGAACUGGAGGAGCUUCCUAUGGCAGUGGCUGUCAAGAAGAUACUGUAUGCUGCUGAUGCAAAGCAGUCAGCCCUCAAGGAAGCUCAACAGUACUUGCAACAGUAUGCGAACCUUGGAGGAGAUGAAUCCGCGGAGGAUAAAGCUUGAGACCUCACUAGACUUGGGGAAGAAUACUUGUGCCCAGAAGGUAUCGUUUAAGUUGCAACCGAUUGGUCGCCCUUGCAUGUGGCGGAAAUUAGACAUUUACUGAAGGACUUGGUUUCUUUCGCGUUUGAGCUAGAAUGUUAUCCUGGAGCCCAAAAUAAAUGAGAAUUCCAUUAAGAGUUUGUUGCA